AUGGAUGCUCCGUUUUACAAAAGCUACUGGAAUUUGCCCUCUCACCGUCUCCAGUCUCCAAUUGUCAGAGGGAUACCAGUCCACUUCGUCGGAUCAGAGCAGCGGGUGGAUAGAUCUGGUUUUGCCGUGAAGAUCCAGAAGGUAUUCAGAGGUUUCCUCGUCAGAAAAAGCGUGAAGAAGAUCGUGGAGAUAAGGAGCCAAGUCGAGGAGGUCGAGAAGCGGAUUUCAGAGAAAGAGACUGUAGAUUUGAUUAAAAGAGACGCAAAGGAGCGUUUAAGAAUUAAUGAGGUGUUAAUGAGUUUGCUCUUUAAGUUGGAUUUGGUGAGAGGCGUUGAUUCAGGAGUUCGGGAUUGUAGAAAAGCCGUUAUUAAGAAAGCGAUAUCAUUGCAAGAAAUUGUCGACGCAAUAGUUUCUGGUAAUGCUGACGUGGAAUUUAAUCGUGCCGAUGAGAUUGUGAUGGAGUGUGCCGAAGAUGGUGAAAAUCUAGAUGGUUCUUUGAAAGACAAUACUGAACCUGUGGAUAAUGAAAAAGAUAAAGAAGUUGUUGAAAAUUGUGAAUUGAAGGCAUCGACAAGUGAUCGUUUAGAAGAGAGUGUAGAAACGAAUCAGACUGAGUCACAGUCCGAUUCCUCUGCAAAUCCUGAAAGUUCGAUCGAAGCGUGCGAUGAAGAUGUUAAUUCAUCAUUGAAGGACGAAAACAACGCCUUUGAAACACAUCAAGCAGAACAUAGGGAAGUGAAUGGGAAAGAAAAUGGAACAGGUGAGGAGAAUACGUGGAACAGAGAGCUGUUGGAGAGGAUGAUAGAGGACAAUGAGAAGAUGAUGGAUAUGAUUGCGCAGUUAUUCGAGAGGAACAAAAUGCAGUGGAAGUUGUUAAGCUCGUUAUCACAUAGGGUUGAGCAGCUGGAGAAAGCAUUCGUGUGUGAGAGAUUGAGGAGGAAGAAAAAGAGAAAUUGA